CUCUCCUUCCACACUUUCUCUAGCUCAUCAGCUUAGCUAGCCAUUCCACCUCCAUCGUCCAUGGCGAUGGCGAUCGCGACGGCCGCCUUGCUCUCUCUCCUCGCCGUGCUACGCGCCGGCGGCGAUGUCGACGAUGGUGGCGGCGCGAUCAUGGAGCCCUGCCUCGCGGCGGCCGGCGUGCGGAACGUGACGGCGCGCCGGGAGCGCGACGCGUACGACGCGGCGCUGCGGGCGUCGGCGCAGAACCUCCGGUUCGCGGGCGACGGCGUGGCGAAGCCGGCGGCGGUGGUCGUGCCGGCGACGAGGGGCGAGCUGCGCGACGCCGUGCGGUGCGCGCGGGAGGCCGGGCUCGGCGCCGUGCGGCUCCGGAGCGGCGGGCACAGCUACGAGGGGGUGUCGUACACCGGGGAGGACGACGGCGGGUUCGUCGUCGUCGACCUCCUGGCGCUCGACGGCGUCCGCGUCGACGCCGCGUCGCGCACGGCGUGGGUGGAGUCCGGCGCGACGCUGGGCCAGGUGUACCAAGCCGUCGCGGCGGCGAGCCCGGCCCUGGCGUUCUCGGCGGGGUCGUGCCCCACCGUCGGCUCCGGCGGCCACAUCGCCGGGGGAGGGUUCGGCUUCCUCUCGCGCAAGUACGGCCUCGCCGGCGACAAUGUCAUCGACGCCGUGCUGAUCGCCGCCGACGGCCGGGUGCUCGACCGCGCCGGCAUGGGCGAGGACGUGUUCUGGGCGAUCCGUGGCGGCGGCGGCGGCACGUGGGGCGCCGUCUACGCGUGGCGCAUCCAGCUCGUCCCGGUGCCGGAGCGCGUCACGGCGUUCGUCGUCAACCGGCCCGGCACCGCCGAGUCCGUCGCCGAGCUCGUCGCGGCGUGGCAGCACGUCGCGCCAUGGCUGCCCGACGAGUUCUACCUCUCGGCGUUCGUCGGAGCCGGCUUGCCGGAGAUGAACCGGACCGGCAUCUCGGUCACGUUCAAAGGCUUGUACCUUGGGCCGGCACACGAAGCGGUCGAGAUACUGACGGCUAGGUUGCCCGAAAUCGGGUUAUCGGAUCUGAACCCGAUAGAGAUGAGUUGGAUCGAAUCCGUCGUCUUCUUCUCGGGCCUACCUCAAGGGAGCUCUGUGUCCGAUCUGACGGACAGGGUGCUCCACAAGAAGAAGUACUUCAAGGCCAAGUCGGAUUAUGUGCGCCGUCCGAUGCGCAUCGGUGAACUGAUCAGAGCCAUUGAUCUCUUAUCAACGGAGCCAAAAGCAUAUGUUAUCCUGGACCCGUAUGGCGGGGCGAUGGAUCGGAUCGGGUCUGCAAGUCUACCAUUCCCACAUAGAAGAGGUAAUAUUCAUGGUAUCCAAUACUUGAUCGAAUGGACGGCGAAUGAUGAUGAUCAUAGAGAGGAGUAUAUGGACUGGAUACGCCGAUUUUAUGAGUUUAUGGGAUCAUAUGUACCAAAUAGCCCACGUACCGCGUACAUAAACUACAUGGAUCUUGAUCUAGGCAUGAACAAUUGGUCUAAUCUUCGAAUGUAUGGAGGUGAUGGAAUCCCUAAUCCAGAAGUCGAGGCGGCACGGGUAUGGGGCGAGAGGUACUUCUUGGGAAACUAUGAUCGACUGGUACGUGCCAAGACUGCUAUCGAUCCAGACAACGUGUUUCGCAACGCGCAGAGUAUCCCUCCACUUGGGAGUCGGAGGAUGAGUAGGAUUCCACGUGGCAUCUCACCCAAGAUUGCAUCCAAGGACAAAACUUAUGAUAGCUAGGUUUGAACAUACAAACAAAAUUGCUAAUGUGGGUGUGUUUUGAUUUGAUUUUGGGCGUGUUGCUUUCAUGUGGUGCUGCCCAUAAGGAUGAGUCGUGUUCCUUUUGGGGAGAAUUGUGAUUUGGAUUGGUAGAUACGGCAGAAAAUGAGAGGUUGGAUUGUUAGGUUUUGCCUCCAUUUGUGAAAUGAUCAAUGUCAUAUCAAAUAUGUAAAAAAAUUGGAACAAUGAUAAGCUUGUGGAUUAGCUAGAAGGACGUA